AUCGCUCUACUUGUCAGAACUCGUUUAGCCAGACAUGGCAUAAUAUGUGUGAAAAGUGUUGAAAUACCAGUACAUAUAACUUCGAGAAGUGAAUCUAUUCAUUUAUGACGGGAAGUAGUAACGAAAACUUCAGCCAUGGAUCUAGUGAACAGAGACCCAAAUAACAUCAACGACCAUUUAAAGGUGGAGUUUGAAGAUGUCUUGGCCGAGCCAGAGGGAGCUCAUAGCAUCAACUGUGUAUGGAGCGCAUCCUACACAUGCUUCAACUUCUGUGAAGGCUGUCUGUACAAGGUCCUCACACUGUUGUGUGGCAUCUGUAUUGCUAUGCACUGGGGCUGUGAGUUUGCCAUGAUCUCUUUCAAUCACAUCUGGAUCAUCACGCCCUGCUUCAAGGUACUGGAGCUCAACUGUGGCUGCCUGAAGAAGCUAUACGGCAUGUGUGUGCACUGCGCCCUGGACCCAUGUUGUGAGGCAUGUGGGAUGCUGUUCCAUGCAUUCGGGAAGAAAUGAAACGGUUUCCUUGGCAACUAUAGUUAAAGGAGAGACAUGCACCAUGAGUUACAUCCGAGUUGUUGAAAAUUAAUUCCAGAUAAUUGCCACUUUGCUACAUUGCGAAAACAAUAUACUUGUCCCUUCAACUGUUUACUAGUCUCGGACCAGCGGCCUAGUGGCGCUGUCACUUCUAUAGCUAAUGAGACAAGAAUUGGUUAAACGGACAUAAUUAUACUUCCAAUGUUUGUUUUGUCUAAUGAAACUGCUAAUCAUGUUUGUAUUUUUAUUGAUAAUCACAUUUUGUGGCCUGGUUGUGUUUCCAUACACAAUAUCCUGUAAAUGUCGAGAGUCUUUAAACCGAUGUCGUUCACAUUUUAAUCAACUGUUUGUGUAUCAUAUUCUUGUAUGCAGUUAUUUAUAAUGUGGAGCUGAUGUUUGACGUUUGCAUAACGUGUCGAAUAAAACGUGUAUCGUUUAGUAAGCAAAAAUAUAUGAUUUUUAAAUGAAAAGGAUGAAGUGGUACCAACUUUCCCACACAGUGAUGUGAUGUUGCUGUUGUGAUAUACCAUGUGCCUAAAAGGCUUUCAGUGAAACUAUAUCGUCGUGAACCUAUAUCGGGUUUAACGUCGCGUUCAAGAUUGUUUCACAUUAUCUGCGACGUGAAAGCUCGCGUGUGCUGGGCUGUUUGUUCUAAUCCGAACUUUUGUCGAUUUUCUAGCCCACUCAGAUACCAUGCCGAAAGUUAAGACGGAUAACUCACUCAGACACAGCAUACUUACUCCGCGUAAAUAAUUAUUCUUAUAAUGCCGGACCGCCUCCGUGGUCUAGAGAUAGAGCGUCCGCCCGGAAAGACGUUUACCCUGUCUGGUGCGCUGCAUUAAGGGACACACAC